AUAUAUUAUAACAUAUAAUAUAAUACUUCAGUAAUGACUUGUUCGUAUGGUCUAACAUGUUAAAUUUUUUUUUCACAAAUCAUUUCAUUUUAUUUAAGAUGAUUUGCAAUCGUAAUAAUUUCGUUUUAAUUCCGUUGCUUAUAAUACGAGUAAUACAAUCGGGUGCUAUAAAUACGCUCACUGCUAGAAAUAAAAUGCGGAUACUUCAAAAUAUGAUUCAGAUGAAAAGUUGGAAAAACAUUGAAGGUCCUAAUGUCUAUAACUUAUCACAACAAGAAAUAUUCGUUAACGGAGUUCAAGGGAAGUUUAUCGAUUUUACAAAAAAUCUACCAGUAGUUGAAAGUAAUCAAAUGGAUAAAAUGACAAAUUUUAUGUAUAUUUCAUUGGGGUGUAAGUUCAGUGAUUCAAUUAAAACUUUACUAAAAAUAUCAAUAAACAUUGAAGACACUACUGUUAAUUUAAGAGAGAUUAACAAGAUAGUACUAAAAACUAUCUCCGUACUAUUUAAUUUUGUACAUAUAGCCUCAAAUGUUAUGUCUUACGAACUAGGUUUUUUAACAACAUCACUUUCAUUGAAUUUACAACUAGCCGAUUUAAUUAGAGACAAUAACAUCAAUUUAUUUCAACGAAAAAUAUUUCAAAUGAUGAAUUCAAUUGAACAGUACUUAAUUUCAAAUUGUUCUUUACAGAAUAUGAACUCAUUUACGUCGAAGGAGACUGAUGGCCAAUCUAUAAUCGAUAGAAUAAAUGAUUUACUUGAUAACGUUGGUUUAUCGACGACCUAUAUGAUAGAAUUCAUCCCAAAUAAUAAAAUAUCACAAAUAGACAGUUUUAAUAUAAUAAAUAUUCAAUUAGUUGAAAAAUUAAAGCCUCUAUUACUUAUAUCAGAUGAAUUAGAAACAAAAAUUAAGACAUUAAAUAAAAUUGAAAAUAUUUUAAUAUAUAUGGACUUUAUAAAUAAUUCAAUAACAAACAUUUUAUAUGAAAUAAUUUUACAAACUCUAGUGUUAUUUGAGCUAUAUAGUAAAGAAGAAAAUGAAAAACAUAUGCAAAUGCUAUCAGAUGACUGGAUUAAUAAGAAAGAUAUAUUACUUGAGUACCAACAGUUAAUUGGACAAGCAAUCUUUAUGAAAUGUCCAUUACAUUUCAUUAAUCAAAUUGAGUUACUUGCAAAAAUAAUACGAGACAUAUUAGCUCAGAAUAAUGUUCUUGAUUUAAACAUUAUAAAAAUACAAGUAUAUGAAAAUCUAUAUGCUCUUAAAAACAAAGAACAUCCAGAAAUAUUAUUGGCAAUGAAUAAUGUAUCAGGGUAUAGUUUUAAUAAAUAUCUAAAAAUGUUACUGUCAAUAGAUGAGCUUAAGAACUUUAAUGAAAUUCUCGUAUUAUUUCAAAAUAAUCCUGCAAAGUACAAUUCAUAUGAAAUAAAUUUAAAUACAAUCGAAUUUGACACAACUUCAAAUUUAAUAUGCGAUGAGGUGGUUUCAUUUUAUAAUUAUUGCUUUUAUAUACAAUCAAAAUAUGCGGUACGCAAUUCACUACAGAAAAUAAAUAAUUUGAAAGAAUCAUAUUUUUUAGUUUUAAAUAAACUCCGAGGAAUAUUCAAUAAUCAUGAAAAUGAAUUACAAAAAGAUAUGAAAUUAAUUUUAAAAACGGCUAUUAAUUACUUGAAGAACUAA